CAAAUAGACGACAAAAGAAAAAUCAAAUUUGAAUCAAAUUGCUCAAUUACAAUAUUUGUUGCCUAAUGAAUAUUGGACUGAGAAGAGUAAAAAAACGCACAAAUAUAUAAACAAAUGGCCACGAUACCAAAGUGCGGCGGCUGCCACGAACUGAUCUUGGACCGAUUCAUCCUGAAGGUGCUGGAGCGGACGUGGCACGCCAAGUGCCUCCAGUGCAGCGAGUGCCACGGCCAACUCAACGACAAGUGCUUCGCCCGCAACGGUCAACUUUUCUGCAAGGAGGACUUUUUCAAGUCGAACAGACGGUACGGUACAAAGUGUUCCGCUUGUGAUAUGGGCAUACCGCCAACGCAGGUGGUGCGCCGGGCCCAGGACCACGUCUAUCAUCUGCAGUGCUUCCUGUGCGCGAUGUGCUCCCGCACUCUCAACACGGGCGACGAAUUCUAUCUGAUGGAGGACCGCAAGCUCAUCUGCAAGCGCGAUUACGAGGAGGCCAAGGCAAAGGGUCUCUACCUGGAUGGCUCUCUGGACGGCGAUCAGCCGAACAAGCGUCCCCGCACCACAAUCACCGCCAAGCAGCUGGAGACCCUGAAGACCGCCUACAACAACAGCCCCAAGCCCGCCCGACACGUUCGGGAGCAGCUGUCGCAGGACACGGGCCUAGAUAUGCGGGUGGUCCAGGUCUGGUUCCAAAACAGGCGGGCCAAGGAGAAGCGACUGAAAAAGGAUGCGGGACGCACCCGAUGGAGUCAGUACUUCCGCUCCAUGAAGGGGAACUGUUCGCCACGCACUGACAAAUUCCUCGACAAGGAUGAACUAAAGGUCGACUAUGACAGCUUCAGUCAUCAUGAUCUAAGCAACGACAGCUACAGCACCGUCAAUUUGGGCCUGGAUGAGGGCGCCUCACCGCACAGCAUACGUGGCUCCUACAUGCAUGGGAGCUCUAGUCCGUCACAGUACCCGCCGAGCAGUCGCUCGCCGCCGCCAGUCGGCCAGAGCCAUACGUUUGGCUCCUAUCCAGACAAUAUUGUGUACACCAAUAUAGAUCAUGCGCCGGGCUCUACUCUGCACACCAGCAAGUCACAUCACCGCCUGCACAGUAGCAACAACGUCUCUGACCUGAGCAACGACUCGAGCCCCGAACAGGGCUAUCCUGACUUUCCGCCGAGUCCCGAUUCGUGGCUGGGCGACUCGGCCAGUACCAACAACACCAGCAACAACAACAACACCAGCAACAGCAACAACAACGGGGGCAGCGGCAGUGCUGGAGCCAGUGCGAAUGUCACCAACGCAAACCCCGGAACGCCAAGCGUACAUUACUGAUACUCAAAUCUGCUUUUGCGUUAUUUUGAGCUGCAGUCCCGCAAUCUUCUUCUCUCUGCCCAGCAACAACAACAGAAGCUGUAGCAGCGCCAUGUUGAAAGCUCUCAGUAACAGCGACAGCGAAGCUAAUCGGUUAACGGGAGUGAGUCAGGAGAUGUGGCAACGCGGCUGAGUUAAGAUUGUAGAUUUCAAGUUAAUGCCAUUUGGGUGCGUCUUUAUAUUCCGAUUCGUGAUCGGCAUACAGAUCCUGAUCAAGAGCGAAACAUAAAUAUCAAUUACAUAGUUCUAAAAUUAACAAAAGCAAGAAGCAUCUCUCAACUUUUUGGGUAGGCAGGACAUCUGUUGAUGGGGUCCGAGUCGCCCCCACAUGGCAUAACCCUUACAGCCUUAUUUGUUUAUUUUAGAUAAACAAAACCCUUACAAAAUUUGCUCAAAAUAAUUCAUUUUCUUUACUUGGUCAUCGGCAUCGGAUCGGUGAACUGAACACAGAAUACGUAUUGGUACUUACCUUAAAGCUUAAUUGAUUACAUCACAUCUUGGAAA